CUAGUGCACCCUCAAAAGUUCUGGGUGCAUCGGAGCUCGACCUGGACCAGCCCACCGCGGCACCAUUGAUCACCAUCAACCCAAUCGCCAUGGCUUCAGCAGCCCGAUCGCUGCGGCUGGCAUGUCGCAGCUGCAGGAGCCAAAGGCCCGCUCGUACCAUUGGACCAAAGGUCUUUGUUGCGUGGAAGUCGGUGGGCGGAGGCGCCAUCAAGGAGAUCAAGGAAAGCAGCACCGAUGGCCAGAAGCCUACGCCUUUCGACCACUGGGGCCAGCAAGACAUAGACGUGGACCGGAAGUACCGAAACAUGAAGCCGAGCGACAUCGCAAAAGACCUCCUCAGCGACGAGGAGCGCAACAUGCUUGCCGAGCUCACCUCCGACCUGGCUGAAAUCGACGACACCGAUUUGCGCAAGGAGCAAGACGCCGUACGAGACGCGGCGAGACCCCUGAGGAGUACCACGGUCAAGCCCAGGAAAGAUUCGUUCUGGGAUGAGGACGAGGAUGAUAAAGACCUUAUAACCAACGACGACAGUGACGAGUUCGAUGAGAACGACAUGACAGACGUCGCCCAUGCAAAGUUGGAGGAGCACAGGGAGCAAAGGGCGUAUGCCCGCCUGGCGAUAUGGGAGAUGCCCUUGUUGUCCCAGUUCGCCAAAUCAUUCGAGCUGCCGACCAAAGAUCAGCCGCUGCGAUUCCGUUACACAUCAUAUAUGGGUGAAUACCACCCUGCAGAGAAGAAAGUGGUCGUCGAGUUCAGCCCCGAGGACUUUGGACUCACUGAAGUCCAGAAGAUGAAGUUGAGGAAGCUGGCCGGUCCGCGGUAUAACCCGGAAAAGGAGACGAUCAAGAUGAGCUGCGAGUCGUUUGAGCAUCAGGCUCAGAACAAGCGCUACUUGGCAGAGCUGGUCGAGAAGCUGCUCACAGAAGCAAAGGACCCGACAGACACAUUUGCCGAUAUUCCCCUCGAUCUGAGACAUCACACGUUCAAGGUCAAGCCGAAAUUCCCCAAGGAAUGGCGACUAUCAGAAGAGAGGGUUGAGGAAUUAGCGCAACAGCGUCGACAGGCGGCACUCGCGGACAAGGUAAAGCAGGAAGAUGGGACACUGGUGGACGGCGUCCAAACGAUUCAGCAAGCCCUUGCCUCGCGGAAAGCGAAAGUCGAGGUCCCCGAACUGGUGGGCGCACAGCGCAAAGCACCAGUGGGCAAACGAGUUCGCGUUUAGGUACCCGGAUUCAGCUCGCGCAAAGUCUGCAUGAGGUAUUGUGGGUACCCAAACAUGACAGGCUCCACGCUAAACUAAAGUCAAGCCAUCGAGUUUUGACCUUGUACAAAGCUGUAUAUACGAAGACUAUAUAGGCAUGCCGAACUGAACGAUCCCC